AUGCGUGCCGUUUUACUCCUCUUAUUCAACUUUUUUUCAUUAUCUAGCCCUUUUAUUAUUCGAUCGUUCGUGCCGUCAAAUGCAAAGUGCAACUCCACAGUUGCAGUGAGCUGUUUUGCAGAGCUGUUUGGUAUGAUAUCUGAAGUGUGUCAACAACGUGAAAUUUCUUUCCGGUGUGUCCAUUACACGUUCCUGGAUGAGUGCUUCGAGGCGAGAGUUGGCAAGUGCGACGCUGGCUCAGUGGCUAGAGUUGGCGCAAUUGGUUAUAAACAAGCGUUGAGUAGUUGUCACUCAUCAAAGAAACAAAAAGCGGAAGGAACUCUACCGAUUUUGGGUGCGCCAGCUCAAAGUUUUCCGUCUCCAGUGCAGUUGAUAUCAGCGCUGGGGUAUCUGCAAACGCAGUGUUCGCUAAGUCGGAGCAAAAAUUGCUCCAGUGAUCAUGUUCAUAAUAUUAUGGCUCAAUGUGAAGAGCAAAUGAAGCCUCUUGCAGGUUAUCCACAAUACGAUAGGCAUCGGUUAUUGAGAAUCAAAAUGGAUACCUCCAAAAAACUAUUAAUGUACGAUGAGACCGACAAAGAACGAGAAUGUCUUGUUGUGAGAUCCACACUUUCUGAAAUGUAUUCUCUUCACCAUGCUAAUUGCUAUCAUUCCCUUGUCACUCGAUGCCUAUGCGAACGAUUGAGGUUUGAUGUUCAGUGCGGAAUCAAUUGUGAUCAACUAGAGCCAACGUCACCGGAUCAGGAUACGCUGGCAUGGGACGAAUGGAAGGAAGCACGAUUAGUGCAUGGAAACGGAUCGAAUUUCAAACAAUUUGCUGCAACUCUUUCAACCCUUUUUGCUCUUUUUUCCUUGGCUCUGCUUCUUUGA